GCCGGGAUGCAUAGUCUAACCGCAAACAAGCCUAUGACAAUGAAACGUUUUGAACGGGAACUGUUUGUUAGAGUGGCAUCUAGCCAAACUUUGAGUUCCAAUCACCUACCGGACGUCAUGGCACAGACUCAGAUGUACCGAGAAGGAGGGUGGGGUUGGUUUGUCGUACUGUCUGCCUUUUUGGCGGAGGUCAUCAUCUACGGUAGCCUGAAGGGCUUAGGUGUUCUCAUCAUUGCUAUGAAGGACGAUUUCCAAACAGAUUUGUGGGUGAUCGGCUCCAUCGAUUCACUGCACUUUGCUGUACAGUUUGUAUUGACACCUGUGGCAUCGUCCGUGGCGCGGAAAGUUGGCAGCCGGGUCGUCAUUAUCUUCGGCGGCCUCCUGUACGGAAUUGGCUUGCUGAUCUCCAUGACAACUUCCAACGUGGGUGGUUUAGCAAUAUCCAUCAUACUCAUUUCUGGUUCAGGUUCAGCAUGUAUUCUAUCGCCGACACGUGCAGAACUCGCCUUCUACUUCCACGAGAGGUUUGCCCUCGCUAGUUUUGUCGCUUUGUGUGGAGCUCCAGUCGGCAUGAUACUGUACGGACCAGCCACCCAGGUCUUGCUGGAAACGUACGGCUGGCGAGGAACCAUGCUCCUAAUGAGUGACGUGGGGUUCCAUCUUAUUUUGGCUGGUAUGCUGGUGAGAAGACCGAAAGGAGUCUAUGCAGCAAUUCCAGGCACAUCUGAAGAAACCGGUCCAGAUGCACGACCAUCGGAAGGAACUGACAACCGUUUCGGUCAGUGGCUUGCGACGUCACUUGGUCUUGACAUCCUGAUCAAUUGUAGAUUCAUUCUGUUGGCUUGUUUGCGGAUGCUUUACAACGUCAGCUACGGUGGAGUAAUGGUUUAUCUGGUACCUAACGGCCAGGCACUUGGACUUGGUACGAGCCAGGCUUCGUUCCUUACAACAGCCUUCGGUGCGGGGAGCUUAGCUGGGCUGUCUAUAGGUACCCUGAUGUUGCAUACCAAGGCGUUAUCGCUUCAUGUCACAGCAGCUAUAGCUGGCUGCGUGACGGCGAUGUCACUUGCCCAAGCUGCCUUCAUCCAACUAUUCGUGCUUCAGAUGGUGAAUUCAUUUGCGAUUGGAUUCGGUUUGCAUAUUGUGGUCGAAGUUGUUUCGGUCAUGGAGCGGUUCCUUCCCUUCCCAGAUGAGAGGUACGUCAUAGUCCUGGGCUGGAUGAGCUUCCUUUCUGGAGUUUCGACCUCCAUUGGAGACGUCACAUCAGGUUGGCUUCAUCACGUGACUGGCAGUUUCCAUGGCACCUUCUUCCUAUACAGUUCGGCCAUGCUCGCCUGCAUGCUGUUACUUCUAGUGGACUAUCUCCGUCUUCGCAUGGCUAGAAGCCCUAACGGAAGCCGAUAGUCUGGUAAACCAUCGGUGCUGAUAAAAUGAAGCAUCCGGAUUUGUAAGCUACUCGGGGACUGUGUGUAUUUUAAAGGCACAAUAGGAUAAUAACAGCACCACUCAAAACCCAAACUAGGCUCAAAACCUAACCUGUUGACGUUUCAACUCGGGAUAUUUGACUUCUGGAGAAAACAGUGAACAACCUUUUUUGUUCGCCAAAGGCAAUUUUGUCCACGGCACUGUUUCAAUCCAUUGGGUAUUUCGACAGUGCCCAAAAAUAUUUUGGUUCAAAACCUCGUUGUUGUAAAAGUUACAAUAUGAAUUUGGUGUAGGUGUACACAUGUCAAUGAACGCACUGUAAUUAUGUUUCAUUUAGGUAAUGAUGCUUAUGCAGUAGAUUACUAAUGUCGUUAGAGUCCUGCAGGGAUAAGUGGGGGAAAAAAAGGUCACCCCAAAAUAUUCUGCCAAAGAAAACUGUUCUCUUCAAUUUUUCG